UUAAUAGGAACUAAGCCGCUCCAAAUAGAUUUACGUGUCGUAACGUAAAAUCGGAAGGCAACGUGUUCGCGACAGGGCAAUACUCCUUCGUUAGCCAGAGCUGAUAGUUAAGAGUUAUCGUUUAUAGUCAGCAACAGAGAGAAAAUGAUCUUAGUUAUGUUUGACUUAGCUCCUUUUAAUGUCAGAGCUGUAUAUGACAACACACGAAAUACUACAAUCCACGUGCACUUGGGAACCCUGACAAACGUCAGACGUUGACGAACCAUCCGGGUAUUUCAUGUUUGUGGUGCUCAGGUUUGCUCGUAGUCACAAUACUGCGAGGGUUGUCCUGUUGCACUCUGUUUCUUCAAAAUUUGCAGUACGUGGGAUGCCCUGCGAGGUAAAACCUCGGCUCGUGGUUCUUUACGGGUCUCAGAAGGGUCAAGCCCAGGCCAUAGCAGAGGGGAUAGCUGAGGAGGCACAGGAGCACGGACUGGAUGCUGAGCUCAGUUGCUUGAACCAAAAUGGAAAGUACAAUUUAGAGAAGGAGAGAGCCCCAGUCGUGAUUAUUGUGUCUACCACUGGAGAUGGGGAACCACCAGACAACGCCCUCCAGUUUGUAAAGCACAUCAAGAAGAAGACCCUCCCACCUGACCACUAUAAACACCUUUGUUAUGCUCUUUUAGCUUUAGGUGACACAAAUUAUGCAAACUUCUGUAACUGUGGAAAGACAAUUGAGCGUCGUCUACAGGAACUUGGAGCUGAACAAUUCCAUCCAACUGGAUAUGCAGAUGAUGGUGUAGGGCUGGAGGUGGUAGUGGACCCCUGGCUUGAAGGUCUGUGGAAAGCAAUCAAAGCUGCCUUAUUAAAAAUGGCUUCUGAUGGGACUGUUUACUUAAAAGGAGAAGCAGGGGAUUUAGCAAAGGAAGCUUCUGAUUCAUCUAUACCAGAUGUCCAACUAAGCCUCUUAAGCAUCACUGACCAACCCAGCCUUAAUUCAGCCAAACCAUCCGCAGAGACUGUCUCCAAAUUUGCAUCUGCUCCAUCAUCUUCUGCCACACCGACUGGUGUUUGUGAUCACAGGCCAGCUUCUCCUUUGGGGAGCGUCAAGUUGGCAUACCGGCUUAAUGAUGCCGCCAGUGUUUCUACAUCACAACAAGAGACUCAAAUCAGUGAUGCUCAGGUUUCCCCUGUUGCACUGGCAACCUCACUGACAUGCUCCCUGCCACCACUGUCUGAGUCCUUUCUUAAUGUUCCCACUUUGCCUCCUCCAUACCUGGAUGUCUCUCUUCAGAUGGCUGACGUCACAGAACAGAUUGAUGCACCGCCAAGUAAAGAGACUCUUCAUGAGGUACCCAUAUCCAAGGCAGUUCAGAUGACUAGAGGGGAUUCAGUCAAAACUGCCCUUCUCUUAGAACUGGACAUCUCUACUCACCCAUUGAUGAGUUAUCAUCCAGGGGAUUCGUUUGAUGUAUUCUGCCCAAACAGGGCCUCUGAGGUGGAGGAAAUGCUUCAUCGUUUGGCCCUCUAUGAACAGAGGAACCAUCGAGUAAACAUAUCUCUGUGUAAAGACACUAAGAAAAAAGGUGCUCAAGUGCCAUCCUACAUCCCCCCAAAUAUUUCUCUGCUCUACCUGCUCACCUGGUGUCUAGAGAUCAGAAGUGUUCCUAAGAAGGCUUUUCUCCGUGCACUAGUUGAACAUACAGCGACCAGCGUGCAGAGGAGGCGACUACAGGAGCUCUGCAGUAAACAAGGCGCUGCAGACUACAACUUGUAUGUGAGGGACCCAAGCCUCAGCUUUCUGGAGCUCCUCACUGCCUUCCCAUCAUGCUCACCUCCUCUCAGCCUUCUCAUAGAGCAUUUGCCGAAGCUGCAGUCCAGGCCCUAUUCAGCAGCCAGCUCCUGCCUCAGACACCCAGGAAAGCUACGUUUUGUCUUCAACAUAGUUGAGUUACCAGCAUGCUCUGUUCGGCCUGUGGGAAGGCAAGGCUUGUGUACCGGCUGGCUGUUUGACCUCAUCAGUCCUGUCCUGUUUUUGCCUGGAAAGAAUGAAUCCUCGGGCAGCCCAGACCUGCCAAAGAUCCAUGUGAAGCUGAGACCAGACUGCACCUUCCGGCCUCCCUCUGACCUGUCGGUGCCCUUUAUAAUGGUUGGACCCGGCACAGGAAUCGCACCCUUCAUCGGCUUCCUCCAGCAAAGAGAAAAAGAGAGGCAGGAGAAGCCCAAGGCCAUGUUUGGUGAGACCUGGCUGUUCUUUGGUUGUCGACACAGAGACAGAGACUUCCUGUUUAGAGAGGAGCUGGAGGCAUUUGUGUCCAGUGGCACCUUGAAUCACCUCAAGGUGUGUUUCUCCAGAGACAGCCAAGAGGAGGAAGAACGACCCAAAUAUGUCCAAGACAACCUGCUAAUUAACAGGCGACAUGUCACCGACAUCCUGCUCAAACAGAAUGGUUUCCUCUUUGUCUGCGGAGAUGCCAAGAACAUGGCCAAAGAUGUGAAUGACGCCCUGAUUGAAAUAAUCAAGACAGAGCUUCAGGUGGACCAGCUGGACGCCAUGAAGACACUGGCAGGACUGAGAGAAGAGAGACGAUACCUGCAGGACAUCUGGGGCUGACAGUAGAUGACAAGAUAAGAGAAUUCUGCAGUAUCCACUCACAUACAAAGAAGAAAAAAAUCAGCCUUCUCAGCUGUAACCUCUAGGACCGCUGAAGCCUAGACUUAGUUUACACCUGCCUUUGCCUCAAAGAUGGGAUGUAGCAUGCUGACCCGGGGAUAUCGGUCCACUACAUCAUCCUGGCUUUGCUGUUUGAACAGAAAUGACCUUGGUUAGGGCAGUGGGGCUGGAGAUUGGUCCCACGGUGUGAAAAUGCUUUUAGUGUUGACAAGCCUCUUUUCCUGCCUUUGGUCCUGUCUGGGGAAAAGGCAUUUACUUCCGUCGGCGGUGAUGGAGUGACUUUGAUAAGGCUGAGAGCGGGAUAUAGCUGCAACCUAGAUGGAAACAACACAGCAAUUUAGAACAAGAUAAGCACAGUAAAUUGUUUAUUGUCAUCCAAGAAAAAAGAAAUCAUUUAAAAGUCAGCAAGCAUUUUUGUGAACUGUUCCAAACCACCACAAAUGUGCCACUUUACCUCAGAAGUAACAAUGUUUUUUUUAUUCUUUCUUUUUUUAAUGAGUUAAGCUUUGAUUGUUUAACUAAAUACCCCAAAACUCACACUGAUUGCUUCUCUUAGCUGGUUUCAUGAUGUUUUUGUGAAAAAAAAAUCAUUGGUUUAAUGAACGCUUGAGAAAGAAAAAGGGGUUUGAAUUAAUGUAAGCUUCUGAAAGUUACACUGAUGUGAAUGAGGACAUUUUUCAUUGAUUGAUAGUUGUGCUGUGUUAAAAGUGGGAGUCCCAAAGAUAAUUUUCAGCUUUAAAUAUAUCCAACUAACUUUGUUUGUGUCUUUCUGCUCCAGCCAACUGCCAGUUUGGGAGGAAAUGAACUCCAACUUCUCUAAGUCCUGCAAACCCGACCAAAAUCUCUCAAAGUGUUGUUAAAACAAACACAACUGUGCCUUGUUUGAA